GUGCCACUUUCAGGUCUCCUCACACUGCUGGUGUGUUCCAUUUUUUGUCAUAGGGUGCUGGCAGAUUACGGGCCUCCCAUUGCUGCUGCCAGGCCCGUAAUCUGCCAUGGGCCCCUGUACCGCCUCCUCAUGCUGCUGCCAGGUCCAGAGUGUCUCAUGGGUCCCUGUACGGCCUCCCAUUGCUGCUGUCUCCAUCGCCACACUCUGCCAUGUGCCACUUUCAGGUCUCCUCACACUGCUGGUGGGUUCCAUUUUGUCAUAGGGUGCUGUAUGGCCCUCCCAUUGCUGCUGCCUCCACCGCCACACUGUGGCUCCACACUCUGGUUUUGGCCCCGUGACUGCCCAAAUGAGUGAAGUGUGCGGUGAUUCUAAGAUCGACGGCACUCAUCUGCAUGUCAUACUG